AUGGAAGGUGUUCCCUCGCCCCUCCAGGUCGGAUCUCCGGCGCAGUCAAGACAUACGUCCUCCGAUUCAGUUCCAACAGCACUCAGGACAGGAUCGCCGGCCAUUGAUCGAGGCACCCCGCCUCUGCCCAGCCGACCACCUUUGACCCGCAAGAACACCUCAGGUUCCGAUAGACUUUCCCAGCUGUUUCCCUCGCGUCCACCUUCAGUCAUUUCUAGCCCUGAUAUCCCUUCUUCACGGCGAACUUCAUAUCCUUCGCCUCUCAUACCAGCAUCCGAUACAUCGUAUAGGAUACCCCGCGCGCCCGCGCCUCCUUCCUUCUCCGAGGAUACGUCCUACAAUUCCACCCCCGACCAUUUCGACCAGCAGUCUUCUCAGGUUUCCCAAGCUAGCGGGACUAAACGACUUCUUAAUAGGCUCACAUCCUUGCGAAGUGCGCGCGCAAGAGGAGGGGAGUACAAUAGGUUAGACGAUGAGGAAAGCGGAAGGGUACGGCUUAGAGGAGUUCAAGAGGUUGAGGAGCCUGUUGGGUACGAUCUUAGCGGCUAUGAUGGCCUACCAAUGAAGAGCUUUGGCUCGACCGGACAGAAGAAACAAACAGUGGCCGAUGGUUUUGAACAGCAACGCCAGCUGAAUGAAGCUGGCUACGCUGCCGAGUUCGAACGGCUGGAGGCCCAACUAGGUGCAGGAAUGUCCUCCAUUGUCGAGGUGCCAUUCACACACAAACCGGGAGCACCAGAGCAAAAGAUUGGCCACAAGCGAGGCAUCUCAAAUUCGGAUUUCACUGCAAAUGAAGCAGCGCAACAAGAGGCAGAGAAAUCUGGAGGUAUUGUCGCUGUUGCGGAUGUCCCCAUCGAUAUCAGUGACACCUUUGGAGGAGGAGACUUCGAGACGCGCAGCGCACUUACCAUAAAUCAGAACGACGACGGGUCAAAGACCAGCUAUUACUUCCCUGAAGAUCCAGAUAUGCCCGCAUGGCGACCAUUCUCCAUGGGCUGGCCUUGGCUCUCAUUCCUCGUCAUCAUCGCCCUUAUACUCGCCGGAGUGCAAGAGUUCCUCUGUCAACUGUCCAUGAAAAGAUCUAGGGAAGAUGAAACCAACGGCCUGAUUAGGUUCAAAAAGCCUGGAGACCUCACUGUUCUGGAAUAUUUCACUUGGAAAUACGCACCCGUGCUAUUUUUCGUCAUAUACGGCAUUCUCUGGCAAAUUACCGACUUCGAAGUCAAGCGUUUGGAGCCCUUCUACCAACUAUCGAAGAAGAGUGGUGCCACAGCUGCUGAGUCUCUUAACAUGGACUAUGUAACGUUCAUGUCAUGGCUUGUGCCGCUAAGGGCUCUCCGGCACAAGCAGUAUGCUGUAAUUUACAUAUCGCUUGCGACACUGAUCGCCAGCAGUCUGGUGCCUGUGCUGCAAUCAGCAUCUGUCAACAUCUACCCGAAGCAAAAAGAUCGCAAAGCCGAGGACUGGAAAUCGAUACGGAUCGACCCUCCCUGGUCAAGAGCUGUGACCGCUUGCUUGGUUUUCGUGGCCAUAUGUGGUUCCGUACUGAUGUACGAGAUGCGUCGGAAAAGUGGACUUCUAUCUGACCCCAAGGGUAUUGCUGGCGUCGCAGCCAUGGCCACAAGGAGUCAUAUUCUAGCGGAUUUUCACGGAUUGGACACAGCACCCCUCAACAAGAUUCACAAGCAACUUCGGCAUCGCCGAUACAUUCUCCACAAGAGCGCUUUAUGGCAGGGAGAAUAUAUCCGGAAUAGUAAAGAGAGGAUUCACGAGCAUGGGUCCGACCCACGGCCUAUGAUGUUGAGGCCAAUAGCGGGGAUUCCAUUCAUAGGCUACAUCGUAGCCUUCACGGCCUCGAUUCCCGUUUUCAUGUUUGUCGAUGGUGCGAACACAGUAACAGAACAGCUCCCCUUCCUCCUCACCGCCCUCGCAACGAUCGUCAAACUUCUCUGGGGAGCCAUGAACUGUGCCAUUCGAAUGUUAGAACCCUUCUACGUCCUGUCCAACCGACGCGCCCCUGCCAAAACUCUGACCCUCGAUUACACCGGCACGAAUCCCAUCUUCCUCCCUUUCAAAGCCCUCAUGAACAGGCACUACCUCGUCGCCGCCGUGGGCAUGGGCUCGAUCCUCACCGAGAUUCUAACCGUCUGCGUCUCCUCCUUCACCGUCGACGGUAAGAAGUUUAUUCCCGGCAACGGCGGGGAAGAGGACCACGACGAUGACCCGCACGACCGUUACAACAGCGGCGAGACCUUCCGCUCCUUCUGGAUUUCUUUCAUGCUCGUCAUUCUCAUCCUCAUCGUCCUCAUCUGCAUCGCCGCCCUGGCCCUCAAGCGCCGCUCCCAGAAAUUCAUGCCCAGGCAGAUCGGCACCAUCGCCUCCGUCCUCGCGUUCAUCCACCAGUCGAAGAUGCUUGUCAAUUUCGUUGACGCAGAGAAAUAUGAUAGCACGCAGAUGACGAAGCAUCUCGAGAAGCAAGGCAAGACGUACGCGUUGGGUUGGUUCAGCGGGCGAGACGGCGACGACCACUGCGGUAUCGAUGAGGAACCCGUUCUUGCGCCGUACAGUUACGGGGUCGAUUGGACAAAGACGAGAGUGUUGGGAAGCCACAUUGGGACGUGGGAGCAUUAUUAG